UGGGUUUGUUUCUCGUUCAAAUGGUAUCGCAGAUUGACAGCUGUAAUCACAGAACGUUUGGCAACCAUUUGGGCUCUUGGAAACAACAAUGCGUUCAGCAUAAUAGUUUGAGCAGGACUGCACUGUUGGGGAUGCUAGAAAUCAAAAGAAAAGGGGGCGUUUUGUCUUUUCUUACCCGACCUUUUAAUUUGCAUUGAAAGUUGCCUACGGCCUGUGAAACGUCGACAAAUUUAAGUGCUUUGUAAUUGAUGUUUUCCAUCCAAAAACACCUGCAUUUUCGAGGUGAGAAUGUCUUUAACACGGAGGACAUGUGAUGUUAAAUCACGUGGUAUAAAAGGGACCGAACCUUAAGGAAUUUUCGUUAGAUCAUAGGAGCAAAGGUAUAAAGAUAAUAAAGAGAUUGACAGCGUAUACACAUUGCUGUCCGAAGCAAAGGUAAAUAAUUAGAUAAAAUAAGAUCAAUCUUUUGAAAACGGAUAUUUAAAAAGGCGAUGAUGGACAGCGCAUGAGAUGACUAUGACAAAGCUAUUUUAGAUCUGGAACGAUGUAGUUAUUAUUUGUUGCAUAUCAACCUUUUGAUUUGCAUGACUAUCUGCCAUACAGACACCACAAGGACCAAAUGAUUUGAAUUCAACUGCGCAAAUGUCCAAUCCGAAUCCACCAAGAAGUGAACAAGCAACGCGAGCGAUAAAUCUAAAAAUGUUGUUUACCGGUUUUGAUGUAAUGUUUACCUUUUUUCUGAUUGCGAGGCAAAUGCUAAUGACGAAGGCAAUGUCCAGAUUUUUUUUUUUUCGACCACCUGGACAGAAGGGAUUCAGUGCUGCAAUGAAUCAAAUCAACAUCGUUGAAGGCACCAAUGAGACGGCGAUGAAACAAAUACAAGUUGCGUGACCCACAAGUGACCAUCGGGUAUCUUUGGUAUUACCCAAAAGCUGAACUGCAGGCGAACAUUUCAGGGUUUCAAUGUGUAGACGACCUUGCGUGCAAAGGUCUGUUACCUUUGAGGAAUUUUCGGCACCAAUACUUCGACCGGUUCUUUGUCUUUCGAGACUGAAACACGAAACAACUCGUUCUGGCAAACCCCCUUGAGUCUGAGUGCAAUUGUCCCCCCGGUUCGUGUGGCAAUCGCUGAUCACCUUGUUUCUUAAUUAGAAACCGUUGAAACAGAGAAAGUCAUAAACAAAAACAGCAGAAAUAUAUGAAAAAAUAAUCAAUCGGUUUCUAGUAAUGGUCGUGUUAUUUGUAUACCCUGUCUUUUGUGAGGAAAAAAAAUCAAACUUUCAUGGCGAGUUAAACAGAAAAUCGCAACGUAUUCGACAACUGGACUAUUUUCCAUGAACCUGUCCGUAUAUAGAUAUAAAGAAUCACAAACAUCUUGACGUUUACUGAAUGACAACAUGAAUAAAGAAACUUGGGGGCCAAAUAGAUACGUGUGUAGAUCCACGUGUUUUUAAUGAACGAAUGAUUAAGCUAACUACUGCGUAUUCAUAUCUCGUUUUGUUGGCCGCAUAACAGAAGCUGUAGUUCAACAAAAAAAUGUAUAUACAUAUAUAUAUAUUGGGACAGGUUAGAGAGACACUUGGCGCAAGGCCAUGAUGUUUAUAUAACGACAGAAAUUUUAGUUGUGCCGUUGCUGUUCGAAUGAUUGCGUUUUAAACUGUUAAUUCCAGCGCAUUAUACGAGUGCUGGGGCAGAUUUGGAGGUACGCUUUAACACGAUCCGGACGAUGGAAGGACGUGCGUCUUGGAAUAUGAGUGACGCGGAUGAGGAUGCUUCGUGACGUCCGGCACGUGAAAUGUCGGAACAGGUGCCGAUAACUCGUCCUGUACCGCUAGGAAAUAGUUCAUCCGGACGGAGUGACUCGUCUACCGUCGACGAUGCCGGUCCGAUCUUUUAACAUCGAAGACCUGCUCGAUUAUAAGAAAGACGAUUUUUCAGUUAAUAUUAAACCAGUGCAGCCAGGAAACAAACAGCAAAGUACAGAGGUGAUCAUCAUCGACGUGGAACAUCGUCCGGAAUCGGAGGAAGGCCUUUGUCAAAGAGAUGUCGGUGUCGACCGAAAGAACCGCAAAGAUCGAGCCCACAAUUCGGAAGUACCCUUGCCGAUUUACAUCCGCUCCGACGCCAAAUUCAGCGGCUCGUGGCCACCAAAGAGACGCAUUCGUACCGUCUUCACAGUGGGUCAGAUUAAUCAACUGGAGAAACGGUUUCAGACACAGCACUACUUGACGGCGGGAGAACGGAUCGACUUGGCACGCCACCUAAACUUGACCGUCUUGCAGGUGAAGACAUGGUUUCAAAAUCGACGAAUGAAAUGGAAGAAGAGCAGCGCUUCCACCUGAAUCCCCCUCAAAAUCAUUUGCAUACAACAACAGCAAAUCUAUCUGAUCAUUUGAAUACAUCGUGAAACAAACACA